CAGGAGUGGCUCUUGAGAAACUGAGCAGAAAAAAAAGGAGCAAUCGUUUGCACAGUGGCAGACUUUUAGCUUCUGUAAUAUCACAGAUAAAAAAAAAAAAAGAAGCUACAGAUGCGUUAAAUUUAGGAACAAAAUCUGCUCUGGCAUUUUAACAUCGCAACAUUUUGCUUCUUCAAUGUGAAAACAAAGCGAGAGCACUAGAGGAACGUGUAACGCUCUGCAUGGAACAAGAAACCAGCACAGCACUCGUUUAUUAACACGAAUAACAAAGUGAGCCUGCAGCGUUUCCUCAUGAAGCCAGGCCUGGGAUUUAACUUGCAGCGUAACGUCAUCCAACACAAUAACACGGGAUAACCCCGAAAGACCACGUUGGUAGGAAAAUCAGGCUUGACGUAGUAAAUGUCCAUAUGAGGAGUCCCGGGCAGUCCAUAUAUGGUUGUUCCGCCUCUGACGUUGUUCUUUCUGUGGAAAACAAGGAGGGCCCGCGCGGACCCCUCCCCUUACGCAUCUGUUAUCAAUGAACAAGUGGAAGUUUGAAUCUAAAACCGAUUUAACCAGCUGGACGGAGAGGUUAAAUAUUUUUCUCUAGAUAUUUACACAAGAUUAUAAAGCAAUUUCCAAAAUACUUUAUCGACAAUUUCCAUUUUAAAAUACCGCAUCAUAUUUUUUUUUUUAGUUUUGUUUUUUAAAUUUAUUAUUUUUUUUACACUUUUAGUUAAUCACUUUUCAGCCAUGACUUCAAGCUGUGAGCCGCUGGAAAUAACUGCCAACGAGUUGGUUCACAUACUCAGGACACCCCGGGAUCAGUACACAUCUGCCGGGUGUGUGGUGCUGGACUGCAGACCCUUUCUCGACUUUUCCUUCGCGCACAUCUGCGAGUCGCGAAACGUGAACUGGAACUCAAUGCUGCGUCGUAGAUCCAAGAGUUCAGUGGUGGCUCUGGAGUGGCUCAUCCCGGACAAGGCGCUCCUGGGCCGGCUUCGGUGCGGGGAGUUCUCCCCGCUGGUGGUGGUGGACGAGCGCAGCCGCUCCGUGGCCGACCUGAAGUCGGAGAGCGUGGCUCAAAUGCUGCUCACCGCCCUGCAAAACGAAGUUCAGACGCAGAUCUGCUUCCUGCAAGGUGGAUUUGAGGGAUUUUCAGAGGCCUAUCCAGAGCUUUGUUAUAAUUCUGCCAGCAAUCUCCUCUCUACUGUGGAACCAGAGCCUGUUGUGACAGGCCGCAGGACGCCAGCCUAUGAUCAGGAUGGUCCAGUGGAGCUCCUGCCCUUCCUGUUUUUGGGCAGUGCCCUCCACUCGUCCCGCAGGGAGACUCUGAAGGCAGCGGGCAUCACAGCCGUGCUCAACGUGUCCUCCACCUGUCCCAACUUCUACGAGGGUGACUUUCAGUACCUGCGGCUCACAGUGGAGGACACUCUGGCCGCGGACAUCAAAGCCUGCUUUUCUACAGCCAUUGCCUUCAUUGACUCGGUGAAGCAGAGUGGUGGUCGGGUGCUGGUGCAUUGUCAGGCAGGUAUCUCCCGCUCCGCCACCAUCUGCCUGGCCUACCUCAUGCACACUCAACGCGUCCGGCUAGAAGAGGCCUUCGACUUUGUGAAGCAGCGGCGGCACGUCAUCUCCCCCAAUCUGGCCUUUAUGGGACAACUGCUGCAGUUUGAGACUGACGUUCUCUGUCAGGGAUGAAAAAACCUGAAUGCAGGAAGGACUUUUACACAGCUGUCACUCCCGCACUGUCACUGCCGUUGUGCUGGAGCACUAUCAGGACUCAAAUGAUCAUAAGUGUAUCUUACGUCCCCCUUCCAAACUUUGUACGAUGAAAGAAAAAAGCUACAUGUGUUGCUGGUGUCACAUGGCUAGAGUCCUACUUUCAACAGAAACUGACAAAUGGCUUCCUGACAACACGAAAAAGCAGUUGGCUUGAUAAAAACCACUGUAAUAACCACUUUCAGAUCAACUGCGACUCUGAGCCAGUUGGAGCAGCUAUGAGGUAAUUUCCCUAACGUUUUACACUUGAGGAGAGUUGUGCCUGUUUGUGUGGUUAGGUGUGUGUGCGUGUUUAUGUAUGUGUCAUUGGGUUUGACUUAUGUGCCUGAUGAUUCGUAAGGGCUGCCCCACUUUCAUACGAAAGUCAUUCCCUCACAGGAACAAUCACUGACGUUUUUAUUAGACAACACUGUGUUGACUACUUGGAGCAAUAAUGGAUGAUUCUCAUGUUUUAGCUAAUUUAUAAAAAAUGCACUAACCACUGUUGGUGUCUAUCAGCCUGUACCCUGAGAAUUUUUUUUAUUUUUUUCUUAUUUAUUAUUUAAACAUUUGUUAUGACAGUGUUAAUGUCUGUUACUGCACUUUAUACCUUCAGGUUUUGGCUUUUUCCUACUGUUUUUUUCCACUGAAAUAAAAAAAAAACAUACUCAAGA